AUGCGUUUCUCCUACGCCGUUCUGCCCCUGGCUGCCAUUGUUGGCGCCCUCGAGGUCACCUCCCCCACCAAGGGCGAGGAUGUUGAUGUCUCCAACUCCUUCACUGUCAAGUGGGACUCCGUCAGCACCGACGCCUCCAACUUCAAUCUUUACAUUGUCAACAACGCCGUCUACCCCCCGGUUGAGCAGAAGAUCGCCAGCGAUGUCGAGACCUCCAAGGGCUCCUACACUGUCUCUGGCCUGUCCGGCCUGACCGACGGCAAGGGCUACCAGAUCAACCUGGUCUCCGACGAGCCCCAGAACAGCGGCAUCCUCGCCCAGUCGCAGCAGUUCGACGUGAAGGGCGCCUCUUCCAGCUCCAGCUCCAGCUCCAGCUCCAGCGCCAGCUCCACCAGCACCAGCAGCGCCUCUUCGUCUUCCUCCUCCUCCUCCUCCUCCUCCUCUUCUGUGUCGCCCUCAGGAUCCGCUACCCCCAGCUCGACGGCCAACGGCACUGCCCCGACGGCCUCUGUCGCCCCCGGUGCUGGUUCCGCCCUGACUGCCCCGCUGACCGCCGUUGCCGGUCUGGUCAUGGGCGCCAUGGCUCUUGUUCUGUAG